GGAUGCACUUCGGCGUUGCGCUUCUGCCGGUAAUGGCCACCACGACCAUCACGGCAGCAAGAUGCACUCUGUCACAUUGACAGUCACACAGGCAGGCAGACAGGCAGGCCGCAGUUGUCCUCCAUCGAUCUGUCCGAGCCACAAACACCUCCGAUGGAUCUGUCGACCCACCACAGGAGUACCGCUGCUCUGAUUGACCAGCGAGGGCGACAUCUGAGAUGGCAAAAAGACCCGCACCCUCACACACACACACACACACACAUACACACACACGGAGGCCUUCACACAGGCACCACAGGCAACGACAGACAGACAGACAGACAGACGGAGAGGCUUUUUUCUCAGUAGGAGCAAGAAGUCAGCCGGACGGUCACUAUAAAACCGACCACAACACCACGAGGAGAGGACGGCUGGGAGGCAUGCCGAUCGAGAGGAAAAACGACAUAUCGUUCAUCGCGCUCACGCACACACAUCGAUGAUUGAUUGAUGAGAGGAAAAACUACAAACUGAGGCAUCGCAGCGACCGAAAACUGCAGCAUGCACAGCACGCGACACGCGACACAUGUACGGAGGACGUUACGGAGGUCGACACUUGGUAGAAAACCCAAUCUCUCUCAUCUGUCGGCAAUCUGCUGCCGCAGGUGUGGGUUUGGUUUGUGUCGGAUCAUGAUCGCUUGAUGGGCUUGACCAUGAGGCCUCUGGGCUUGUAGCUGCACACACAGACACGACAGGCACGAGGAAGGACACACACAACACAACACAACACGCAGGAAUGCAGGGAUGUGCCCAUUGUGUGAGUGAGUCGCUCACGUGAUUGAGUAGAAAAACUCCGGCUCGGUCGUGAUCUCGAACUCGUAGCGCUUGAACAGCGCCGCGAUUGUCAUGCGGACCUGCAAAGCCACAGAGAGGGAGACCACACACCACAUCGCUUCCAUUUCGUUCUGUGUGUACAGCGAUUGCCCCCCCUGCUGUGCUGGUUACCUCGAUCAGCGCCAGGUGUUGCGCAAUGCUGCAUCGCACAAACAAGCCGACGAGAGAUGGAAGGGGUGGUGUGUGAGGUCGUCGCCCGAUCUCACCAAGAUCUUGGGGCGAUGCUGAAGGGCUGGAAGAGUUUGUUGUAGACCUUCAGCUGCUCCUCGGAGGCCUCAAGCCAUCGCUCGGGACGAAACACCUUGCCAUCGCCCCAACUAAGGCCAACACACACACACUCCAGGAAGGGGUUGCAGUGGACAAAGCACUUGUUUCCUUGAUGCGUUUGUCUGCUCGGUCGCUGGCAUGGCAUACAUUCGGUCGUCUCUCAGGCGAGCGAACAAGGGCACGAACAUCUGGUAGCCGCCCGGGAUCCAGUAGUCCACGCCGCGAGAGGUGACUUUGAAGCCGCUCUCUGUCUGGCGUCGGGUGCCGUUGCUCACGACGGGAGAGCUGCACACACACACAAGCACAAGGAUGGAUCUCGAUGUGUCUUGUGGUUGGUUGGUCACUGACAUGCGCAUGAUUUCUUUGACACAGGCGUUGAAGUAGGGCAGCUGGGCCAGCUCGUCGUAGGACGGAAGCUCCUCCGCAAACUUGGCCGCAUCCAGCUCCUGCACUCGACACACAACGAAGAAGCGCAUCGAGGCCUGCAUCUCAUCUUGCUUGCGGGGGUCGCUCUGUCUGCCUGCCACGUGUGUGUGUGUGUGCUGACCUACCUGUUGGAGCUUCUUGAGCACAGGGGGAUUGCUGGACAAGUGAUAGACAGCCCAUGAGAUGGUGUAGCCAGUCGUGUCAUGCCUAGACACAUGGAUCGAUGGAUGGAUGGGUAGACACAACACAACACACACACGACGGCACCAUGCUGGAUGCAUUCAUUCGAGUGCGUUGCAUGUGUGUGUGUGUGUGUGUGUGUGUGUGUGCGGUGCCCACCCACCCACCCGGCCCAGAGGAGGGUGUAGAUAUCGCAGAGCUUCUCGAACUCACAUUGGUAGCCAGGAUUGUUGUGGAUGUACGAGAUGAUCGACGCGGCCUGGCAGGCCACACACCACACCGCCAAAGACACUCCGCUGCGUGCGACUCACUGGCAGCGCUAAGCAGCGCUCAACCUCACUCACUACUCACGUACGUCUUGUUUCUCCGGCGGGGUGUCGAGAUACUGGCGGUAUAUCUUGCGGCACACGUCACGGAAGAGCCGAAUGGACUGGUAGUACUCACGGACCUGGUCCUUCCAGACCAUGUAAGGUCUACACACACACACACACACUGACGGAUAGGAUGCCAACACACACACACAGUGGGUGGGCGGGGUGCGGUUGGCGCACCGAAAUGGGUUGAGUAGUAACGGGUCUCACGGAAUAUCACAUCAAGGCCACGCAGGAGGGCCUUGGCCUCGCCGUUGCGCUCGUCGUCAAACGCGUGGAACUUGUAACUGACACACACAGAGACCAUCGACAGACACAUGAGCCGAGCCAAUCUGUGUGUGUUGGCUGAUCGAUCCUGCGCGCGUGUGUGUGUGGUGUGUGGGUAUGUAUGUACUUGUAUGCGACCUCCCCGAUCAUGUCGAUGGUGUAGCGCAGCCCCCACUCGGGCAUGUUGACGAUCGUCCCUUUGUCGGCCGCGUCUUCGAGGGCUUUGACGAAGCUCCCCAGCACACGGUGGUAGAUGUGCGUCUUGGCCACCAGUGUCUUGUUCCUGAACGAGCCAACCAACCAAACAGGCAGGCAGGCACAUGCGAUGAAUGCAGCCAGCCAGCCCAUGAUGCAUGCGUUCCCAUCUGUCUGUCUGUGUGUCAGACAGUCAGUGUGGACACAUGCAUGCCAUGCGUACGAGAAGGCAGGGGCGAGGGCCUUCCGGAUGGCGUGCCAGCCUUCUCCGCUCGUCUUGCGCGAGAGGAGGCUCCGCGUCCGCGUCAUCUGGCCUUCCCCGAACAGGUCGAGCAGCCGGUGCACGUGGGACUUCUCGAGGCCAUCGGGUCCUAACAGUGUGUCCCAGCAGGACGUGUCGGUGCAGAAGUACAUGCGCUUGUUGAGGGGCAGCUGCACGUAGAAGACAUCGCUGUCGAGCUCGUCACGCCACUUCUCCUGCCUGACACUCACACACACACACGCCAUGCAUACGGUCAGUUGGCUGUGUGCACAAGUGUGAUGCUGUUGGGAUGCAUCCAUGCUGUCUUAGUACUUACAGGUGCGGGUCUUUCCCCGAGCGCAGCGCGUCAAAUGCCUCCAUGGGCGUGAGCUUCACUCGGGGCACCUCGCACAGCUUGGCCUUCUCCUCUGGGGUGACAUGGCGCAGGACGUCCGGUCGGCCACCUGGCUUGCCAUCGACGCUCGAUGAUGACGCAUUGGCGGCCUUGUUGCGCAGGCGGAGUACCUCCUCGAGGCCGAUAAGGCAGACAACGCCGGCGGUGGCGCCAGCCAGGAGGAGCAGGGACGAUGGCUGCUCGAGAUCUGCUGUCACCGGCAUGAUGGUGGGUGGGUUCCAGAUCCGCUGGCUGAUCUGAGAGAGAGGGGAAAGCAUCAGAUCUUUACAUCUCAGCUCGCGAUCUUUCUGCAGUGGGGCCAAGUGUGACGUGAGCGCAUUCUCCAU